AUGACAGGAGCAGAUUCUGAAGAAUUUCAGAUAAAUGAAGUUGGGUUUGAGGAGGCCAGUUUCAACAUUGAGCACACUGCCCGGUAUACAAAUGUUGCAUAUUACCUUAAACAUAUGAAGUGUCCAGAUAAUAUGACUGAUAAUCAAAAGAGGACCUUGAAGUUAAAAUCAUUAAAAUAUGUGAUCAUCAAUGGUGACUUGUAUUGGAAGAACAGAGAUGGAAUCUUGUUGCUUUGUUUGGAUAUACAUCAAGCAAAAGGAAUCCUACAGGAAAUGCAUGAUGGGGUAUGUAGUGGUCAUUUUUCUGCUAAAACCACAGCUCAUAAGAUACUGAGGGCUGGAUAUUAUUUGCCGCAUGUAUUCAAUGAUGCCUAUGCAUGUGUUAGGAAGUGUGAGGCAUGCCAAAGGUUCUCGAAGUAUCAAGGGGCCCUCCCAUUAAGACCUAUGCAAGUUGAAGAACCUUUUCAGCAAUGGGGGUUGGAUUUUAUUGGGGAAAUAUCAGACAAAUCUAGUGGACGACACCGGUGGAUAUUGGUAGCCACUGACUAUUUAACUAAAUGGGUAGAAGCAAUUCCUACCAAGCAGGCUACUAGUAAAGUGGUAAUCAAAUUCUUGAUGGAAAAUAUCUUUGUCAGGUUUGGUGUCCCUGCAAGAAUCAUCACUGACAAUGGUAUGUAUUUUAGAUCUGAAGAAUUCAACACUUUCUGUGAGAAGUAUGGCAGCAUAGUAUCCCAUUCAUCUCCGUAUCAUCCCCAAGGUAAUGGAGUAAUGGACAAGCUGAAUCCAACAAUAAAAAUAUCCUCAAAAUUAUCAAGAAGAUGUUGGGACAGAACAAGAGCAUGA